AUGUCCCACGAUGAACUCCCCCAAUAUAUGCCCAAUACUGCUCUAAUGUCAUUUGAGACACCUCCUCGCCCAUUUUACCCUCCGUGGGCUACUCCCAAUGCAAAUCCCGGUACACCCACCAUCACAGGGACUGGAUUUCAGACCUACCCAGCCUAUCUUGCCACCCCCAGUCCUCAGAGCCACCAAACAUCAGUUAAGCGGAGCCACAAGAGAAAAAAUGAUGAAAAUUCGGGCCAGAGUGUAGCGAAGAAGGCACGGAACAGCCGAGGUCUGGGUCUGUUGUCAGACUCAACAACGUCAAACCUUCCACCCGAAAUGGGUACGCCCGACGAAGUCAGUGACCCAGAUGCAGACAAACUUGAUUCCUUUUUCGCUUUUCUGCAAGGGACACUUAAGUGGACAUUUGGUGAACUUCUUUAUCACACAAGCAAAGGAAAAUCUCCUGGUGCAAAACGGAAGCUUGGCCCUGAUGGAAAGUCAUUGGUAACUUCAAAUCCGAAAGAAGUGAAACGAAAUUCUUCCAUUAUCCAGCACUUUAUGCAUGGUCGUGGUACAUAUGGACCUGCUGAUAUCCUGAAUAACUGGAUGCAGCAUCCAUAUGGGGCUGAUGAGCGCCAGUCACAUCUCAUGUACUCCACCAGUGUACCUUACCUCGAAAUAAGGCCAGUCCGCCCUGCCCUGACUGCAUUCGCUGCACAGACAGUCAAGGCAAAGAUAAUUCAUGAAGCUGAGAGUGCCGUUAAAUUAUCUAGUGGGCUACAUGUCGCAGUAACACGCAAGCAGCAGACAAAGUCCUUGGAAAUGAGGCUUGACUGGCCUGACAUCGGUGCAGCUACCUUUGAUAAAGUGCAGGGCAUUAUUCAAGAGAAGCAACCACUCACUUGGUCCUUGAUCAUGGAAGUAGCAUCACGACCCCCUCGAGUUCAAAACGGUAUUAAAAUCAUCCGUCAAAAACGGCCACCUCAGAUUAUCUCAACUCAUAUCAUCAGCACACUCAAUUUCUCUCGGUCAUCCAGUGCCAAUUUACUUCCACUUGCCACCGGGUUAUUGUACUUUGCCUCCUCUGCAAGCUAUGAUCUUUUCCGCCAUCAUGCGCGUGUUGGUGAUAUGCCUGCCUAUAGCACGAUUAUGAAAGCUAUGUGCGUUCUUUCUGAACGUGAGGCAGAAAAAACACUUCAACAUGGUGCCGAUGCAGACUCCAUUGGUGUUAUACGUCUGGACAAUGUUCAAAACUAUCUCAUCCAACGGAAUCCUGCAAUCGGGCGUGAAAACAAGCUCAACAUUGGCCUUUCGGCGACAUACUAUGAGGUUGAGGGUAUUGACCCUCAUGUUUUUGACCUCUCUGCAAAACGUGAUUGCCUUGCAGAGAACAAAAGAAAGGACCUUACGGUGAACAACUUUGUGAGCCUUGUUGAUAGCCAGCACUUGGAGACAGUCGGUAUCCUGCAGUGGAUUAACACCCUUGUGCAGCACAUUCCUGAACUCUCAUUUAUGAAGAAGCAUGUCUCUAUGCUCUACCGCACUCGAGCGGCGAAGCAGCGAUUACCACCAAAGCAAACCAAAGUCCAUCCUCUUGCAUCAAGCAGCAGAAAUGAGACGGUAGUCACUGACUUGAAAGAGGCACUGCUUGAUUUUUUAGCACAGACAGGGCAGACGGCAGAAAGCUUCAAGAAGCGCCUCUUUCCAAUUGGAGGUGAUGGAUUGACCUUCAACAAAAUUUUAGAUAUUCAAGAUUUUCUUCAAUUCCACGAGAAUGAGUUUGAGACCCUCAGGGUUCUCGACCCUCUUCUGGAAUGGUGGCACUCAUUGUGGACGGAUUUGAGCCGCUUGUUUGGUUCUCACUGGGGUGGAGAUCUAUCAAAGGAUCCCUCUACACUGAGCCACAGUGCUACGAAAAUCGGACGCAAAAAGCCUUUGAAUUUGAAGAAGGUUGACUACUUCCAACACUCACAACUGGCAUACCUUGUUCUUGAUGCCCGAAUCUUGGAUUGCUGGCGACUCCACUAUGGUCAAAAGAACCUGCAGCAAUAUUUCGAAGUGCUCGCAAAGAAAUCUGAACUCCCUGCAUUUGAAGACCUUGAGGUGGCUGCAAGAAACCUGUAUCGAAAAUACAUGAGCUCGCGAGCUCAACAACGUGCCAUGUUGGGAUUAUGCUCAACUUCCAAUCCUUCAUCCCCGCUCUCUGUUCCCAUAGGAGCCCGCUGGACUGAGCCACGGCCUGCACCACCUCCACCAAAAAAGAAAUCACAAAAUCCACCUCCUUCACCUGAGGAAUUUCUUGGAGAUCAGGUUUUAGCACGCUCCAUCGCCUUUAUGCGUGAGACGAUGAUCUCCCGAGAAGCAAUGUUAGCCUCUGCAGAAGGCAAUGUUGGCCGUCUCUACGAAAUGAUUAAGGCCAUGCUUUUUACCUUCGCUGGUUCACCUCAUUCAAACUACACGGCUUAUUUCCUUGAAAUGAUAACAAAGCUAGAAUGGGAAAGUGGGCCGGAGCUCAAAUCCGCACUUUUAGCGCUCUCACUCGUCAAUUUAACAGGCUGCGAAGGCGGCUUUGCAGCGGGGGACACCAUACAGGAAUACUUCAAUCGAAUUCUUGAAGCUGUUGUGGGGCGUAAAGGUGUUGAGUAUGGCAACAAUUUUAUCCGAAAUGUCUGGUCAAGAAACUUACACCAUGUUGCACGGCUGAAAUCAACGUGGUUAGAGGGGGUUGGACUCGCACCACGUUCCAAAAAGCAUACAAAGGCGAAGGCACUCGCUGAAAUGCGAAUAUUAAUGCAAGUCUAUCAGGACACUGAAUUACACACCUUUCGGGCUGGGCGUACCUUCGAUGUAGAUCUCUUUGUGGACGACUUCGAGUUGGGGCUGAAGAAACUUGGUGGAGGGGGAAAACUAAAAAAUUGGAUAAGCAAAACGACAAGAUCCCGAGGUCUUCAAACCUCAAGGGAUAUAUCUCCUCAGGCAUUUGUUGACACAGAGGACGAUAACAGCGAGGACAGCUUAGACGAAGAAGAAGAAGACCUAGACGUUGUCGUCGAAAACUCGGGAAACACAUUCGGAAUUGUUCACAUCUCCGAAGGUGAUUUAGUGUUUUUCCCCAUUGAUAUGGACGCAGAGGCAGCAAAAGUGAUCCAGGACAUCGAGUCGACAUCUGGAAAUGAAACCGAGGACUCCGAGUCAGAUGCAGAUGUGAUGGAUACGGAUGAUGAGAAUGGUGGAACAGAGAAUUAG